CCCAACCACCUCAUCCAUUGCAUCGCAAAAUGGCUCCGCGUCGUUCUGCUCGUGCUGCACCGGCCAAACCAGAGCCGGUUGAACCUGUUGAAACUCGACCUGCGCGUGCUCUUAAGAAAGCUUCAGGCGCGUUAGCCAGCCGCCCGAAGAAGUCUGAUGCGCCCGCCGUGAAGCCAGCUGCACCAGCUGCACCAGCUGCACCUACCACGGCUGCUGCUAAGAAGCCUGUUGCGCGGAAAGCUGCCGUCCACGCGCCGGAGCCCCAGCCGAAGCGCAAGAAGGACGAAGAGACGGCCUUGGAACGUAAGCCCAAGAAGGCCAGGAUCGCCAAAGUCCACGAGGAGGAAAAGGAGAAGCCUAAGGGCCCUGUUCGACGGGGAGGUCGCAAAGUCAUCAUCAAUGAGCGCGAGUACACCAAGCCGUUGAAUGUCUAUGUUUUUGGCGAGGGAGGGUCUGGCGAGCUGGGUCUCGGCGCGUCGAAGAAAGCAGUCGAUGUCAAACGACCGCGCUUCAAUGAAGCACUGAGCAAGAUGGAUGUUGUCAGGCUUGCAGCUGGUGGAAUGCACGUUGUCGCGCUAACGCUCGACAACCAUAUCUUGACCUGGGGUGUGAACGAUAACGGCGCCCUUGGCCGCGACACCACAAAUGAGGACGUCAAGAUGAAGGAAAUUGACGAGAAUGGCUCGGACUCGGGAUCAGACUCAGAUUCGGACUCAGACUCUGGUCUGAAUGAGAAAGAAGCUACUCCAACCGCGAUUUCUAUGGAACAUUUCCCCGAGGACACCGUCUUUGUUGACGUUGCCGCGGGCGACAGCUGCUCCUUUGCUCUGACUGACGAGGGCGCUGUCUAUGGCUGGGGUACGUUCCGCAAGAACGAGGGAGUCUUAGGCUUCACUAAGGAUGUGGAUACCGCCCGAACCCCAAUCUACCUCGAAGGUCUCAAGAAGAUCCGGAAGCUCGUCUGUGGGACUAACCAUGUUAUCGCCCUGGACUCUGAUCACAACGUUUGGGCCUGGGGGAACGGCCAACAAAAUCAACUGGGCCGCCGCCUGACCGAGCGAACUAUGCACGAGUCUCUUGUCCCAACUCAUGUAGGAUUCGGUGAUAAGUCUGACAGGUCCUUCAAGGGUGCGAGCAAGAAGAUGGAGACAGUUGCCUGCGGUGACUACCACGGUAUGGCCAUCGCUACCGACAACCACAUCUGGGCGUGGGGCGCCAACAACUAUGGCGAGACGGGAUUUCCCGACAAUGCUGGCAGCGACAAUGCAACUGUUUCUCCCCCUCGGAUUAUCGCAGUUCUCGAGGGCCUUAACAUUCAGUCAAUUGCAUGCGGCUCACACCACAAUGUUGCCCUCUCUACCAAUGGGAAUUGCUACGUAUGGGGAAGGUGUGACGGCUCACAAACUGGUAUUCCAUUGAGCCAGCUUACCGCAAUUGAUGAUGAGUGCAUUGUCAAAAAGCAAAACAACAAACCCAAGAUCUUGAUUCAACCGACGCGUCUACCAAGUCUCAGCGAUGUUGUCAUGGUUGCAUGCGGUUCAGAGCACUCGAUUGCCAUCACGAAGUCUGGCAAGGCUUAUUCCUGGGGCUUCUCUGCCAACUUUCAGACUGGUCAAGGAACACUGGCUGACAUCGAGACUCCCACUUUGAUCGACAACACGGCUUCUAAGUCGGCCAAGUACAUUUGGGCGGGCGCGGGUGGGCAAUACUCCAUUAUGGCCAGCAUUCGCGAGCCUACUAUGAACGGCACAAGCUCCAAAGUUCCGAACGGAGUUCUCUCUGCUUAGGCAGCUUUAAUCUCCCAAUGUACAAUUUGAUACCCGGUGUUAUGGGCAUGAUGGCGUUCAAUUAGGGGUUGAGUCUCUUUCGGCAUAUCUGGUCAACCUUUUGCAUAGCGCAGGUCCAUUUUUUAUUCCUUUCUCCCUGAUACUACUUAGAUCCUUCACCCUCUUCGAGCCGUAUGGAAAUGGGUGGAGUUUGCAAUGGACAGGAUUUCCCUUUCCUCUCUCGGACAUACUCCGGUGGCCUUGUCUUCUCGGAGUCGUCUGGGUUAUGACGAGAGGUUUCCGGUGAACAUGUCUUUGCAAAUUCGGACAUAUCUCUGAAUUGCUUAAGAAUAACUUCGCUUUCUCUUCAACCUGCCCGUUAGUACCAACGUACGUUAAGCACCUUGAGCGUGGCGUAAAUUCUGGGUUCUUUCGCUGUGGACACGGACCAGUGUCGU